AUGACAAAAACGCACGACUUGAUCAUAGUAGGGGGAGGUCCCGUUGGUCUGUUUCUCGGUCUAAGUCUAGCACUCAAAGGCAUAAAAGUUCUCAUUAUCGAAAAGGCGGCUAAAAUCCCCCAAAGUCCCCGGGCACUCAUUUUCUUGGUACUGAUGCAAAGGAGGAACUUUCCCAUUGUUCUCAACGAAUUCGCCAAAGUCGGCAUAUUGGACGAGGUAACAGCUGCCGGAUUUAAAAAUACCGAGGGCUUGUGUUUCCGAACGCCGUACAACGGUACCAAUAGAGUACUGGCAAGGAUCCCGCCAGGGAAAUCUUCUAAAGGGUCAGUGGACUAUGGCGUCCAACUUGGCCAGGCAAAGCUCAGCUCUAUCAUGCUUAAAAGCGCAGUGCAGUGCCCUAGCUUCUCUAUCCGGUAUAAUACGCGAUACGUGUAUCACGAAGAGGAUGACACCCUCGUUCACGUCCAGGUAGAGAGCGCGGCGGGUGUAGAGUCACUUUCUGCGCCAUUCAUGGUCGCCUGCGAUGGCGCCAACUCUGCCGUUCGUAAGGCCCUGGAGAUCCCAUUUGAGGGCUUCACGUGGAAAGAUUGGCAGUUCGUCGCCGUGAACAUUUACUUCGACUUUUCCAAACAUGGCUAUCCUGCAGCAAACCACAUCAUCGACUCUGAGGACUGGGCCGUUAUUGUGAGGGCCAGCAAUGAGAAGGAGGGUCUGUGGCGUAUUGCUCUGGGUAUCCCGCCAGACCUGGAGCCAGCCGACGUCGAGCCGUGUGUCAUCGCAAAGUUAGAGCGACUGUUGCCUGGUCCGAGGCCACUAGACUACAGGAUUGACGCAAUUAGCCCCUACUGGGCUCACGAAAAAGUGGCACAAUCGUUUCGGUCGGGGAGAGUUGUGCUGUGUGGUGAUGCUGCUCACUUAAAUAAUCCUCUCACGGCCCUUGGUCUGACAACCGGUCUCGUAGAUGCUGCUGUUCUCGCCCGCGUUGUUCCUCUGGUUCUUCUACCCGAGAACAAGGUAUCUACAAAAUGGCCAAAACUUCUGGGUCAAUACGCCACGGUCCGACGUAAAGACUUUGUUCAGCGUGUACAAAAGCAAGCCAUAGAUGGGAAGAAGCGAAUCCACUCCAUGGAGCCCAGGGUUGUCAAUGAGAGGGAUGACUUCUUCAACAUGUUGAACAAGAGUCCAGGCUUCGCCAACUUUAUUGCCUCGCUGAUGAUGGAACCCUUAGCAGAAGAUCUUUGGCCAUCUCCAAUGUAG